CUAGGAAGGCGUUUCUUCGCCGGCCCCGCGUUAAGUUUGACGUUGCGGGACUUUUGUGCUGCGAAGGGGCGGCGGCGCUGGAGUCGGGCCUGGGAGCGGGACCGGGCCGGGGAGUGAAGCGAGUUGGCGGCCCGACUUAACUGGCCUAAGGGGCCGCUAAGGCGGCGGCGGCGGCUCCCAGCAUGGUGGUGACCGUGGAGGUGCGCGAGGUGUACAAAUACCCCUUCGAGCAAGUGGUGGCCAGCUACCUCCGCAAGUAUCCCAGCCCCAUGGAGAAGCGUGUUACAGCUGUUAAAACAGUGGAAGAGAAAACUGAUUUGUCUACAGGAAUCAUAUACCGAAGAAGGAUUGCCACCUGCCAGAAUGUUAUUCCACAGAUCUUAAGAAAGAUCAGUGUCCUAAAAGUGUCUGAAGUCUGCUUGGAAGAAGAAUCUUGGCUUAAUAUGAAAGAAAGAAUUAUGUCUAUGAAGACUCGUUGCCUUACAUGGUCAGAGUAUGCCACUGUGAAAGAAGAGUCAAGCUUCAGGGAAAGUUUGGAAAAUCCAAAUUGGACAGAAUUCAUCCAGAAAGGAAAAAUAUCAAUAAAAGGGGCAGGACUGCUGAAUUACUUCCUGGAAGCUUUUGCACGAACCUUUUUAAAUCAAGGCAUCAAAAAAAGUGCUUUGAUCAUGGAGAAACUUCUGCAAGAGCAGUUUGGGAGUCCAUUUGUAUAACAAGGAAAAGAGAAACCACCAUGUGUUGAAGACUGAACCACAUCAAUAUGUCCUCAUUACCAAAUCCUGCUUCUUGGUGAAGUUAACUUUCCUUAUUUUAAGAAGGAAAGUCUGAGUGAAAGAAGACAGUGGAAUACAAACUACCUCAAGUAACAUAAAUAGAACAGCAUCAUUAUGUUCUCAGUGUGAUCAUGGACAACAAAAGUUGUACUCUGGAAAAAAGUGUCAGUGUACAUUAUGUUUUAACCUCCAAAGAAUUCAGUGAUCAAUCGGAAAAAUAACCAACAAAAGUAUUUGUUUCUGCGAAGGGACUGUUUUUUCAGCCAGGAGGAGCAGACUUUUAAUCCAUUUUCUGUUCCACAAAAUGUAUUCCAUGGAUUCACAACUGAAACUGAGAUAAAUGAUUACUAGAUACUGUGAAAUGGUAACAGGUGAUAACAUGGGGACUCCUCAAAACUUCAGUUGGUUAUUAUUUUGAGAAUUGCAGUUUUCUGUGAAAGAAUGAAAUAAUAUUAUUUCGCGAUCCAGAAAUCUGCUGUCAUUUCCAUUUCAAUCUGAUGAGGAAGAUAUCUAGUUUCCUUCACAUUUGGAGAUAUUGUCUGACCUGCAACUGACGUAGAGCUGGAAGGGGACCCCUGGGCCAUUGAAUCCAGCCCCUGUCAAGGAGGCACAGUGGGGAGUUCAACUCCCAAUCUGGCUCCCCAGACAGAGACCUAAACCACUGAGCUAUAUCCCUGUAAAAUGUGAAACAUUGCAAAACCCUGGUAGUUUUUCUGAGCCUACAAAAACUAAAAGUCUUUAAAUGUUGCCUUAAUAUUCUCACAAAACUUUUUUUAAAAGAUGGUAAGUUUGAUAUACACUUUGUUUAAAUUACCAUCUAAUUAAAUGGUAAAUUGGCUUCAGGCUUCAGGAUCUUGUUUCUGAUUUGAAUCUCCUCGGUUUUUUAUACAUGGUGUUUGUAAACUCUUCAAUAUAUUUAAAGUGAGAAAUUUUAUUUGAAUAUUCUUAUCAGCCCAGCUGAAGGGGCGAGGAGGUUCUGUGCUGCCAACUGUUUGCAUCUGUGCAUGUAAUGUUCUUCCUUUUUGGGAUAUUUUCUCAACAUUAUACCAUUACCUGAAAUACUAGCCUGGGAGAACAGUUAAUGUCUCCCCACCAUCAAUAAUUCUUCUACAUUGUAUGCACACUGUAAAUAUGAUAUUGUCUGCUGUGUGAUACUUAUGUAAACACUCAGUGUUAGGAAUAUUUACAUCUAGGAUAAAUAAAAUUGUGUCCUAAAGUAAGGAGGAUUCUGUUUAGACAAAAAAAAAUCGUGUCCCUUUCAACCUUGUCACCUGUGGUUUCAUGACUGAGAUUGUUGGAGCAGCUGGGAUUAAAUUUAGAUUUACCAGGCACAGCAGUUAUGUCAGGUCAUUUUUAAUUCAUCUCCUUCAGCAAUAAGCCAGCCUAACCAGUCACUUGAAGAGCUGUUUGACAGCCAGCUAAUAGGGCUCAAGAGCAUGCCAACUGCCCUGCUGGCUGCUUUUGGUUCCUGCUUCCUCUUGCUAACCAUCUUGAGGGCAGGAAGUGAGAAGAAGAGACACGUGUUUCCAAGUUGCUUUGAUCCUGGGAAACAAUUGAUAUCUGCCUUCCUUUAUGUGUGGGGUUUUCUCCCCAAUUUUUCUACAUGCAAGGUGCUAAAACUGGGAAACCAGAGACAGGGAGAAAAGGUGAUACUUAUUUGAGCAAAAUGGAAAUAGGAGAUAAGAUAUGUGGAUGUUGUCAACAACAUUAUGCCAGGAGGCAAAUGACAACUCCACUGGAUGUUUCAUCAUCACUUUAUUCUCAUCCAGUACUGUCAAUGAAUGUGAAAGUAAUGCCAUUUGCAUCAUUGAUAGGAAGUUGCUAAGGAGUGCAUUAGUGCCUUAAACAGAACAUAUUUCUGUGUGUGCGUGUGCGUGUGCAUAUGCGUAUGCACCUGUCACUUCACAAUUCAUAGAGAACCAUUCAAGCAAGAAGCCAUACUUUGAAAAUUUACCACUUCUCCACCCUCCUCAAGGUCCUUUAUUCCCUUGUGAGCUCUUGAAAUGGCAUGUGCAGAAGUGAUGUGAAGGCACUAAUAUGUGAGAAUUCUCAAGACUUGUGUCACUCUGAAUUUCUCCACUUUUUUCUUGAAAGGUAGCCAUAUAAGGAGGCUGAUCAUACCAGAGUGCAGAGCAUGUAAGAAUGGGUUCAAGCUACAGGAAGCCAGAUUUAGACUGACUGUCAGGAAAAAGUCUUAACUGUUAGAGCAGUACAACAAUGGAACCAGUUACCUGGAGCAUCGUGAGCACUCCAGUGCUAGAGACAUUCAAAGGAGAAUGGGACAACCACCUGUAAGAUCUUUGAUUAGGAUUCCUGCAUUGAGCAGGGAGUUGGACUCAAUGACUUUAUAAGCCCCCUCCAACUCAAUUAUUCUAUGAUUCUGUGAUAGUUCAUGGAUAAGUGAUGGCACCUGGCACCAAGCAGGUGGUUUUUGCUAUUUAAAUACUCAGAGAAGAUCACAGAUCACAAUAUUUGUUUUACCAAGAAAAUCUUUGAGACCCUUCAGUCUCAGUACUCGCACGAAUCUGCUCUCUGUUAAUUGACACCUGUUGAUCAGAACCUGGUUACACUUCCCAAACUAGUUGAACCCUAUUUAAGUAUUGCUCAGUGUACCAUAGUCUCUGAGGAUAUCUAGGAAAGGAUAAAACCUUUUUGUUGUUGUUAAUGUGAAAUUCUUCCAUUGGUAAAUAUGGCACUUGAAAAUGUGUGCCCUCCCCCCUGAUGUUGGACUGCAAUUGCCAACAUCAGGUUAUAGAGUCCCAGUACUUUACCUGACCCUCAGCUCCCCCACGUAGCCUGGUGACAGCUGAACUCUGGGGGAUCAGAAGACAUUCCUCUCUACAAGGAAGAGCUUUAUUGUUUGUGUGGAAUGUAGAUAGACCUUAGCACUUCAGAAUAUAAGACGUCAUCUGGGAAUCUUAGCACAAAUGCUUUAUCCUUGUUCUGGGUAGAAGAAUAGGUUAUAUAUCACUCAGGGUGAAGUAGUUGUAUCUUCAGACAUUUUUGUCCUUUUAUUCUCCUAUUUCUGAGUAGAAGAGUGAAUCAACAAAGCUCAUGGUAUUUUGUACUCUUUUAUUUAAUCUAUAUUUCAUACACAAGAAAACUAUCACUCCAAAAAGGUUGGAACUUGUAGCCAUAAAAAGUACAGUUAGGAAAAGAUAUUUCAGCCAUAUUCUGAAAUCCAUUGAAUAUAAUUCAUAGCCUUGCCCCACCCCAAAGAAGAACAAGAAGAAAGUCUCUUACCUAUUAUGCUUGCAUAAAAAUCAUGAGUUGUAGGCAUGGUGCUAAUUUCUCCCCUCAAUUCUGAGUAACAACCAUUUUUAUAUGUUUUCUUUAGUGACGUUACCUGUGGCUUGUUUAUUUUACAAUUUCAUUCCCAUUAAACAACCACAUUAACCUGGCACUAACAUUCAACAUCUUUCUAUGUAUCAGUUUGUUUGCAGAGUGUACAGUUAAUAACAUCUGGUCUAAUUUUGCUCAUAGAGUGAAUGGCAACAUCCUUAUCAUCCUACCUAGGGAAUGUGUUUGCCAUACAAAACUAUAACUUGCUGAGUAAGAGGAUUAUGAUUAUAAGAACUGAAACAUAGUUUGUAAUCCAAUCCAGAUGAACAGCUCACACCUUGCCAAAAUGUUGAAUUUAUAAACAUUGCUUAAUUCACAUGGAAGAUUACAUUAACUUUUAUUCCCACCAGGUGACAGCAAUGGAAUACUUACUGUACUUGUCUCCAGUUGUUUUUGGUAAUAUAAUCAUGAAUGCUUACGUUUGAUAUAAUAAAGAAACAUACUUAUUUUACUUGUAUUGAGAACAAUUUGCGUCUUUGGUGCCUCCCCCAAAGUCAUUCCUGACUUCUCUUCAAGUAACGUUGGUACUAAAGAUACACAUACUUACACUUGACAUUUUCAGAACAGACACAGAUACAUUUCUUGUUACCUUUGCUUCUAUCCAUUACUGACUUGGAAUUUAGUAUUCUCAGUAUACAUGAAUUGCUUGCAGGCAUUAAGCGCAACAAGUACAUUAUUUUACCCAGUAAGCUCAGUUUAGUACAAGAUAAUAAUAAUUAACUACAUAUUCAUAUUAUUGCUUGUAACCUAAUUUGUCUGUGUGCAGUAUAAAUUAACACGUUUACAAUCCAAAAGACUUGCUGUACAAAUAAUAGUGUACAUUUUGCAAAGUUGCCAAUAAGUCCUUCACUAAACUUUGUACAUCUUCCACAAGAGCUUCUAGUGCUGCUUUAUCUCACUGUAAACAAUUCUACUGAAAGAUUCAAGGACAGAAGAGCAGCUCCCUUGUGUUUGUACUUUCACUAGUUAAUUGAAUGAUUCUCAUGAACAAAAUUUCAUGACAAAUGGCCAUGCUGGUAAAAGCUGAUUGAUGUUGCAGUUCAGCUACAUAUUGAGGGCCACAUGUUUUCCCACCUUAAAUUUCCAAGCCUUUAAGCCCAAGAGGUGUAGAUCAAAAUAACCUUUUUGUACAAUCUAUUUUUAGAACAGUACAGUCUUCGCAUAUAUAUAUUAAGGUCAGCUAUAUGGCACUAAAACAAACAAACAGAAAGGAAAGAUGUACCUCAUGGUGCACUACAGCACUGCAGUGAAGACUCCACUCACGCUCUGUAUUCAGUCUUGUGGUUCAGCCUUCCUUCCUUCUGAAGACAAUAAAUUGAGCUAAUUGUGGAGGGGCAAUGUGUAUCCUGCAUAAUUAUGUUGUAAACUGCCCUUAGAGAGCUUUAAGAACUAUGGGGCAGUAUAUAAACAGUAAGUAUCCUUUGCUUCGAAAUGGAACAAAUUUAAGGAAACAUGACUAUUAAAUAUUAAAUUGUUUAAGACAAAUCUUACAAGUAAGAAUAUGAAGAAAGGUUCAUCAGAGCCAACAAUUAUGAACAUUCUUACAACUGACAGAAUAAUAAAAAACAUACAAACACAUGAUGUUUCUGCCAUGUAAACCCCCCUCCCCCCUCCUUUUGACAGCUCCAGAAUGUUGGUGCGGGAGACUGGUAGGGGGAAGCUCUGGAGAGUCUUAUCACAGUGGAGUUGAUCAUCAUAGCAAGCCAGUGUAUGAGCCUGCAUGUGUUGACCUCUAGAACAUGCUGCAUGCACCAAUAGCAAUGGAACACAAUUCCACAAAUUGUUCCAAUUAACCACUGGCAAAGUUGCUUGGGAAGCUUGUCAGCUUUAUGUUUUGUUUGUGGAUUAUGAGGUUGGCUGCUCUGCACUUGGAUAGAUCUCAGCUUUGUAGAACACAAAUGUCUGGAUGCUUUGAAGCACUUAGGAUGUGUAAAAAUGCAACUAUGCUCAUGAAUUUAGUCAUGCUCAAGUGGUUAUGGCAUGUGUUCCUCGAAAAUGUGAUUCAGAAAGAAUUGUAGACUCCUCUUUUUUUGCGUAGAAAUUAAACAUAAAUAAUAUUUUGAGAAUCUGAUUCUUAACCCACAAAUCAUUUUUACAUGCUGAAUCUUUAACCGUUAAGUAUAAUAGUUAUCAUUCGUUAUCCUAGAACAUGCUUGACAGUAUGUAUGUGCUGAAAAUCAAUAAUUAAGGAAUGGCCAAUGAAAUAAUAAAUGAUGCUUUUCAUUUCAAUAUCUGUAAUAAAUGUGCAAUUUGAUUAAAAAUGGGUUCUGCCCCUUCA